UCUCUCCUUUGUAAGAACCUUCUGAAAUCCACAGUUACACUUCUCUCUCUCUCUCUCUCUCUCUCUCUCUCUCUCUCUCUCUCGUUCCUUCGAUUAUCAUAAUGCCGAUUCCGUAGUCAAGGAUCAGGAAGAAAACCUUGGAAGAACUAGGAAAAAUGGCGGCUCUGUUUUGGCGGUGUUUUCUGUUUGUUUACGUCCUCUGCUUUGCUCUUUUCUCCGGCGACUCUCUCGCUGCGGAUGCCUCCGUCUUCUACGAUUUCAAAGUUUCUUACAUCACCGCUUCUCCUCUCGGCGUUCCUCAACAGGUUAUAGCGAUCAAUAAGCAGUUUCCAGGUCCAUUGCUCAAUGCUACUACCAACAACCAUGUUGUUGUUAACGUGCAGAACGAAUUGGAUGAGCCUCUCCUCCUGACUUGGUCUGGAAUCCAAAUGCGACGUAACUCAUGGCAGGACGGUGUUCUUGGUACUACCUGUCCGAUUCCUCCGAAAUGGAACUUCACUUAUCAAUUUCAAGUCAAAGAUCAGAUUGGAAGCUAUUUCUACUUCCCCUCACUCAACUUCCAGAGAGCCUCUGGUGGGUUUGGUCCAAUCAUCAUUAACAACAGGGAAGUUAUUCCUAUCCCGUUCCCGCAGCCAGAUGGCGAAAUUACCUUUAUUAUCGGUGAUUGGUACACCAAGAACCAUACUGCACUAAGGGAAAUACUUGACUCUGGGAGAGAACUGGGGAUGCCGGAUGGAGUUCUCAUUAAUGGGAAGGGUCCUUUCAAGUACAACAGCAGUGUACCUGAUGGAAUUGAAUAUGAAACAGUUCAUGUCGAUCCAGGAAAAACAUACAGAAUCCGUGUUCACAACGUUGGUAUAUCGACAAGCUUGAACUUUCGGAUUCAGAACCAUAAACUGCUUUUGGUGGAAACCGAGGGCCGCUAUACCUCACAGGCAAACUUUACAGACUUUGAUAUUCAUGUUGGACAGUCCUAUUCUUUCUUGGUCACCAUGGACCAGAAUGCCACAAGUGAUUACUACAUUGUGGCAAGCGCUAGGUUUGUGAAUGAAACCGUGUGGCAAAGAGUUACGGGUGUGGCCAUUCUCCAUUACUCCAAUUCCAAAGGAUCUGCUUCCGGUCCUCUCCCGGCUCCAGCCACCGACGUUUCCAAACCGUGGUCAGUCAUGAACCAACCGAGGGCAAUCAGGCAAAAUACAUCUGCUAGUGGAGCUCGUCCAAAUCCACAGGGUUCAUUUCACUAUGGGCAGAUAAACAUCACUCAUACAUACAUAUUGAGGAGUUUACCUCCAAAAAAAAUCAAUGGAUCGUUACAUGCUACUCUUAAUGGAAUUUCAUUUGCAAACCCAAGCACCCCUGUGAGGCUUGCAGAUUUUUACAAAGUGAAAGGAGCUUACAAGCUGGACUUUCCCGACAAGCCUCUUGAUCGACCACCACGUCUCGCCAAUUCCAUAAUCAAUGCAACGUACAAGGGCUUCAUAGAGGUUGUUUUUCAGAACAAUGACACCAAGGUCCAGAGUUUCCAUGUCAAUGGUUACUCAUUUUUCGUCGUUGGAAUGGACUUUGGUAAUUGGACGCAAGAGAGAAGAGGUUCUUACAACAACUGGGAUGCCAUUUCGCGGAGCACUGUUGAGGUUUACCCGGGAGCAUGGACCGCUGUCCUAAUCUCCCUUGAUAACGUUGGAGUCUGGAACAUCCGAGUGGAGAAUAUGGACAGAUGGUAUCUUGGCCAAGAAACAUACAUGCGAAUAACAAAUCCCGAGGAAAAUGGCAAGACAGAGAUGGAUCCUCCAGACAACGUGCUCUACUGCGGCGCCCUCAAGAGCAUGCAGAAGGAACAGCAUCACUCUGCUGCGACAUCGAUACUAAAAGGACACCUGAAGCUUUUCUACAGCAUGUUAAUGGUGAUGCUCGUCUCAGUUUUCUUUGUUUGCUAAAAAUAAAAAAAGAUAUAGUAAAAAAACUAAAAUGCUGUAAAUGGAGAAUACAGAGUUUUGUCGUUCAUUUCAUUGGUUUUUUUGUGUGCUCACAUGUCAUUGUUAUGUCCUGUUCGUUUGGUGUUGUUCAUGUUCUUCGUAGGUUUUCUU